AUGGACGAAUGUAACGGCGUCUUCGCACCUUGCUUGGAAGACACGGAAGUGAAGGAGCCAUGCGCGAGGCCGGCCAUCCCACGGAGGUCCGCUCGCCUCGUCAUCGUGCCAGAGCUCACGCCGAGACUCCCACCACGUGGCUCGAGCCGAGCGGCGUCCGUGGCACCGGCGUACCUCGGCCAGGCCCCGAUGCGUGUCCGGGAUGGCAAUGGCUCGUCGGCCGGAAAAGAAUGUGAAAUUGGUCCGACUUGCCGCGGGGUCGCCGUGGGGAUGGCUGACAGGAGACGCCGGCGACGCCGAUGCGAUCGUUGGGUCUCCGCGCUGACACCCCGCCGCGAUCGAUCGGCCUCUUACCGGCGGCGCACGGCUGGGCGAGCGCUCCUCCCUGGGCCGCCCGGCUCACAGCUCGCUGUGCUCCCGGGCCGCGCUCGCCUCGGACGCGCCGCCUCUCCGCAUCAUCUCUCUUUCUUUCUCUCCUCUCUCUCUCUCUCUCGCGCUCUCUCCCUCUCGCGCUCUCUCUCUCGCUCGCUCUCUCUUCCCUCUCCCUCGCUCUCUCCCUCUCGUAUCCCCUCCCGCGUGCUGUCCGCUCCCCCUCGCUCGCUCCCUCUCUCCUCGCUCCCCCCGACUGUCGCCGCUCGCCGCGCCGCUCGGCGCGCCGUCCGCGGGGCUCCUCGCCCCGGAGAGGAGUCGCUCCUCCCUUCGCCGCCGCACGCGCGGGGAAGCCUUCCUCGCCCUGCUCGAAGCGCUAGCGCCGGAUUAAACGCGUCCCCGCGGCCAGCUCGCGGGAGGCGACGUGGUAAGGUGGUGGCUCUGCUGCUGCUGCUGCCGGCGCCAGGCAGGUAUGGGCGAGGGCGGCGCGGCGUCAUCCGGCCCGGAGUAACGCGCCGCGACCCCCACGAGCCACGCGGGCGAGCGCCCCGGAUCACGGCACCACGCGCCGAGGAGGAGAAGACGCGCGCAUACUUCAGAACACACGCGCACACACACACACACAGCUGCACUAUCGCACACACACACGCGCAUACUGCAGAACACACUUACACGCAGACACACACACACAGAUGCACUAUCGCACACACACACGCGCAUACUGCAGAACACACGCGCACACACACACACACAGCUGCACUAUCGCACACACACACGCGCAUACUGCAGAACACACUUACACGCAGACACACACACACAGAUGCACUAUCGCACACACACACGCGCAUACUGCAGAAUACACUUACACGCAGACACACACACAGCUGCACUAUCGCACACACACACGCGCAUACUGCAGAACACACACGCAGACACACACACACAGCUGCACUAUCGCACACACACACGCGCAUACUCCAGAACACACUUACACGCAGACACACACACAGCUACACUAUCGCACACACACACGCGCAUACUACAGAACACACUUACACGCAGACACACACACACAGCUGCACUAUCGCACACACACACGCGCAUACUGCAGAACACACUUACACGCACACACACACACAGCUGCACUAUCGCACACACACACGCGCAUACUGCAAAACACACUUACACGCAGACACACACACAGCUGCAUGAUCGCACACACACACACGCGCAUACUGCAGAACACACUUACACGCAGACACACACACACAGCUGCAUGAUCGCACACACACACGCGCAUACUGCAGAACACACUUACACGCAGACACACAAACACAGCUGCAUGAUCGCACGCACACACGCGCAUACUGCAGAACACACUUACACGCAGACACACACAUACACACACACAUACAUACAGCUGCACUAUCGCACACACACACGCGCAUACUGCAGAACACACUUACACGCAGACACACACACACAGCUGCACUAUCGCACACACACUCGCGCAUACUGCCACAUGCAAACACACCAUGCACUGCUGAACCCAAACAACAAAAAACGAAAACAAAGAUCCCCCGUAUAGCCUUAACAGACGUUUGAGGCAAGUGCUGUUAGCGAGCACCUAUGAAGGCCGGUACGGCACACGAGGGGGGCGGGUGGCCAGCAACCAUGCCCGGCCGUCUUUGUCUCUCUAGUAGCGAUGUUUACACGCCGCACCAGGUACUUAAGUGAGGCUGAGUCGACCUAGAGGAGACCCAAGACCGGGUCAGAUAAUCGUCCCCGGUGUUGGCCGUGAGCGGGGAAUCGAACUCGGGUGGCCGGGUUCGCAAGCGCAACGCGAUAACCGCUACGCUACCGCUCCCCUCCCCGCCACACACACACAGACCUCGACACACUCACACACACAAGUACACCCCCUCACCCUCCCAUCCCCCUACGCUCCACGCGAGUGUCCGGGACCAAUCCCCCGGCACGCGCAGCCAAGGUCGCGGUUGUCGCUCCCCGCGCGUUUGAUGCGACCCUCGGAUUGCGCGACGCGGGGGCGGGC